AUGGUCCACGACGAUUUACGAGUGGAAUGGAUCCGACAGCGAGUGUGUGCCGGCUUCAACCUAGCGAGCUGUCCGGACUGUUUCGAUGAACUCCUCAGUCGGGAAGAUGGAGAAACCGAAGAGGAGAUUAUCCGAUACCUGGACGUCGUCUCUGAGAAAGGCUCGCCUUCUUGUCUCCUGUUUUUUAAAACUAUGAGAGAGGAAGAGGUUGACGUUCCUGUCGAGAUGAAAAAUGACGACUCUUCAGAUCCUGACAAGAAGGACACCCCUGACUCAGAGGAGACACAUGAAGAAAGCCAUAGGACUGAGGUGGAAGUGGUCUAUCACACUGAGCUUCAUGUAGCAGUAAACCGCUACCCAGAGAGAUUUUUUAAUUCUCGUGUCUUCUACUUUCUGAGGAACACGAAGGAACCCAUUGUUGAACCACUGGAUAUGAAUGAAGCCAAUGUCACGAUGUGCCGGCUUUUUGACAUUGGCAUGCAUAGUGGAUACCCACUUCGGGUGCUACAGAACACACUUUCGCAUCUGUAUAUACCCAUGCUUAAUGCGCAACAGAUGACCAAAACUGGAGGAGGUCAUCAAAACGAGGAAGUUUCCCUUGACAAGGAGCCCAGUGGAGACGAUGAAGAGGAGACUCCAGCGAAGCCAAAUGGGCAGUUCACGAUUCGCGACGAGUUGCUCAACAGGACACACAAGUUUUUGGGAAUGAUCAACAGAACUCUCCAACGCCGUCAAAUUGAAGAUGAGAUUUCGCUGCAUAUCCCUGAACUGGACCUGGACUCCGGGGUGGAUGUCCUGCUUUCUGAUCCCGAGACGCUGGAGAAGUUGGAGCAGUGUGUGAUGAACUGGCAGACUCAGAUUACCAUUGUCAUUGAGGAGCAGCAAAACAAAAAGGCACAGACGCCUGGCCCUAUGGGUGAGAUAGUGCUGUGGCAGGAGCAUGCAUCUGUCCUGAGUGCUCUGAGUGAGCAGCUUAAACAGCCUGCGGUGGAGAAGAUCAUAGAGGUGAUGACCAAAGCAGAUGCAGGCGUUGUUCAGACCCUGCAAGAAACAAUUGCUGAACUUACUAAAUACCGUUUGGUGUCGGAGAGUAAUGUCGACUUUCUCAAGACACUGGAGAGACACUUCAUGAAUCUGGCCACUGGAGCAGAUUUUUUUGUGAUCCUGAAGACCAUCCCUGAUCUGAUGGAGAGCCUGCAGAUUGUGUGGAUGAUCUCCUGCCACUACAACACAAAUGAGCGCAUGGUCCCCCUCAUGGAGAAAAUUGCCUGGCAACUUUGUGAACGCGUGGCUCAAGUAAUUGAUGUCCACACCCUGUUCAAAGAUAAGAGAGAAGUAGCCAUAUCCACGGUGCAUGAGGCUAAGCAGGUUCUGGAUCAGUGGAAGUCUUCCUACUUUGAGAUGCGUGCUGGAAUUGAAGAAUUAGGCCAAUAUUCCCGCUGGGAAUUUGACCGUAAGAGACUGUUUGAGAGGAGUGAUUACAUGGCUUCUGUCUGCCAGGAUCUGUACAACGUUUUGCAGAUUUUGGAGGAGUUUCAUAACAUCUUUGGUCCAGAGCUGAAAAAUGUGACUGGUGACCCAAAACGCAUUGAUGAAGUGCUGUGCAGAGUGGAUAACCUGGUUUUGCCUUUUGAGGAAGUCGAUUUUGAUCCUUUCAGCAUUUUUAAGAUGAGCAGCUGGAAAAUGAUCAUGCAAGAGUUCGACACCACAGUUCAGGCUAUUGAAGGAGAGGCCAUCAACUUCAUCGAUCAGUCUUUUAAGACACUGCGUUCUUCAGCUGCUGCCUUUGAAAUGCUGCUGAAAUUCAAACACAUCCGCUCCAGAGAGCUUGUCAACAACCAUUUGAUGAAAAAGUUUAAUGACAUCUUGGCUCAGUUUUGCAAAGAGGUGGACAGCAUAAAUGAAAUCUUUGAGACAAUGAAGGACAAACCACCACUAAGUAAGAAUGAGCCUCCUGUGACCGGAGCCAUCAGAUGGGCACAAUUUCUUUUCCGCCACAUCAAACAAACCAUCCUUCCCUUCCUGAAAGUGCCAGAGAUGGUGGCGAGUGAGCAGGGUAAAGCGGUCGCUCAGGCCAAGGACAAGUAUGUGGAAUUAGCACUGCGCAUCAAGGACUAUGAAGUGAACAAGUAUGAGUGCUGGCAGGAGGAGACAGAACAAAACCUGCCAUUGCUGAUGAAGAAAACCCUGUUGGUCAGGAUUACUAGUGACAACCCAGUCCAGACAACAGGGGAUGUCCCACCAACUGAAAUAAGCCUGGAGAGGGGUAUUCGAUAUAUGGUGAACUUUGCUCCAGAGAUCUGGGAGACCAUUUCUGAGGCAAACUACCUUUCAGCACUGGGCUACUCUUUGUCUGACAUGCCCCUAAAUGUUGCUCUGCAAAAGGACAAAUUAAUCAAGUGUGUCGAUGACCUUAACAGGCUUGUCAACUGCUACCACUCUGUCAUGGAAAGCCUGAGUGAGGCACAUAUCAUUAUGUUGGCUCCACACAUCAAAGCCGUCCGAAAAGUGAUGCUUUUUGGAUGCAAAAGAGCCAACUGGAAUUCCAUCGGGAUCCCCGAAUUCAUCACACGAAGCAUUCAGGCUGUCUCUAUGUUUCAGUCACUUGUCAAUCAAAUUCACAACAAUGAGAAGGAAAUUGAUUCCAAGUUGCAAUCGUUGAUGAUGGCAAACUUACUGAAAUUUCCAAUGCCAGAUAAAUCAAGCGACUUACCAGGUGUCAAGAAGUUCUGUGAACACAUUGAGCGAGAGCGGGUCAAGACCAUAAAUCUCCUAAGUAGGAAGUAUACCGCCAUUGGAUUCCUCAUCACAACGACGGAACAUCUGAUCAUGGAAACCAGCAGUGGCAAAGCCAAAUGUAUGGCAAGUUAUUACAUGUACUGGGAACGCAAGGUGCUGGAUGCCCUUAUACAGUUGGUGCUGAGGAACAUACAGGCCUUCAGCAUGACGCUGAUGGGAAGUACCGCUCUCUUUCAAGUUGAUGCCAUCCUGUCUGCCCCGAAGAUUGUGUUGCAGCCUCAAAGCAAUGAGAUCUACUGGCUGAUCAUGCAGUGUGUCCGAGACUGUAUAGACAGCACCAAGCAAUUUGUGCGCUGGAUGCAUGGGACCUGCAUUGAGAGCCCUCCCCAGCAUGUGGGAGGUGAAGAUGAGUUUGUGACGUUCAGCUUCUACAGUGACGUGUGUCAGCAUCCUCAGAUAAAUGAAAGUGUCAUGACAGUGUCCCAGAACAUCCAGAGGCUGCUCCUCUCUGUCGAUCGGUACCUUUCCCACUGGAAACGCUAUCGGCCUCUCUGGGAAAGGAACAAAACCAUUGUGAAUGAAAAGUUUGCUGCUAAGAAACCGUCCUGUGUCAUGUAUGACAAUAGGCUCCAGUUCCUUGCUCGUAUUAAUCAGGAAGUGAUGCUGGAGCCUCUGUUCAUGAAAGAACACAUCAUCCAUCUAAACCUGGAUCCUCUGGCUCAGACUGUGCAGGAGAUUGCAGAAUCCUGGAUCAGUUCAUUGGGUAGCUUACUUAACAAGCCUGCAAAAGAGGAUCUCUUCGACCUGAGGGAUGAACUUAUGCAACUCUCCAAGAACCUGAAACAGCGCCCAGACACUUUUGAAGACCUGAAGUUUGUCCUUAGCACCAUCUCAGACAUCAGGGACAUGUCUUUGGAGGUGGAAAUGAGAUUCACCGACAUUCGGGAAAAAUACAGAACACUGGCCAUGUACAAAGCGGAGGUUGGAGAGGAUGAACUGGAGCUGAUGGCCAAUAUUGACCAGAUAUGGAGUGAUCUGUUUGUAGAAUCCAAACAAGUGGAUGAAAGUCUGACAGAUGUCAAGAAAUCAUUUACUGUGACUAAAAAGGAGCAGAUUGAAGAGUUUAGACAAGAUGUGUUUAUCUUUGCCGAAAGCUUCAACAUGCACGGUCCUGGAGCUGUGGGAGAUGAUUUGGAGAAAGGACUUACGAUUAUGGCAAAAUAUGAGGUGGAUCUUGCCAAGACAGUGGCAGAACGGCAGGAACUAACUAAUGCUGAGAAGCUGUUGGACCUACCAGUGACUUCGUACCCAGAGGUUAUCAACAUGCAGAAGGACAUGGAGGGCUUGAGACAGAUAUAUAAUGUAUAUAAAGCUCAGCAGGAUGCCAAGGCAAAGUGGUCACAGACACUGUGGGUAGAUUUAGACAUCCAGGUGCUACAGGAGGGUAUUGAGGGUUUCAUCAAAAACUUAAGGCACCUGCCCAAAGACGUGCGCGCCUUGCCCGUGGCCUUCUUCCUGGAAGGACGUAUGAAAGAGUUCAGAGAGUCUCUGCCUCUUCUGCUGGACCUGAAGAAUGAGGCCCUCAAAGACAGGCACUGGAAAGAGCUGAUGGAGAGAACAGGCACUAGCUUUGAGAUCAACACUGACACCUUUACGCUGGAGAACAUGUUUGCUAUGGAGUUACACAAAUACGCAAAUGUCAUAAGUGACAUUGUCUCCUCUGCUGUGAAGGAGCUCAGUAUUGAGAUGGGAGUAGAGGGAGUGGUACACACCUGGGAAGGCAUGACGUUCAGUGUGCAGCCUUAUUUUAAAGGCACCGAGAAGCGUGGAUCCAUUCUGGGUGCCGUGGAUGAGAUACUGCUGAAUGUGGACAAUGAUGUCAUGAACUUACAGAGCAUGGCCGGCAGCCGUUUUGUUGGACCCUUCCUCAGCACCAUACAACAAUGGGAAAAAAAUCUGUCCCUUAUCAGUGAGACCAUAGAGGUGUGGUUGCUGGUACAACGAAAAUGGAUGUACCUGGAGAGCAUAUUCAUUGGUGGAGACAUUCGCUCGCAGUUACCUGAGGAAGCAAAGAAAUUUGACAACAUUGACAAAAGGUUUAAAGACAUAAUGAAUGUCACAGUAAAGGAUCCGAACAUUAAGCGAUGUUGCCUGGCUCCCAACCGCCUAACAGAGCUCCAGUCUCUGAGUGAUGGUCUAGAGAGGUGCCAAAAGAGUCUCAAUGACUACCUGGACUCCAAGCGGAAUGCAUUUCCUCGCUUUUUCUUCAUUUCUGAUGAUGAACUGCUCAGCAUUCUUGGGAGUAGUGACCCUGCAUGUGUCCAGGAGCACAUGAUCAAGAUGUAUGACAACAUAGCAUCUCUGAGGUUUGACGUGGAAAGCGGUGGAGCUACAGUUGUUGGAGCCAUGGUGUCUGCUGAGGGUGAGGUGAUGGAGCUGAGGAAUCCCAUCCCAGUGGAGGGCAGAGUGGAGGAGUGGAUGAUGGGAGUGCUUCUGGAGAUGAGGAGGACGAAUAGACUCAUCACCAAGGAAGCCAUCUUCCGCUACUGUGAAGACAGGAGUAGGGUGGAUUGGAUGUUGCUGUACCAGGGAAUGAUGGUGCUGGCUGCAAAUCAAGUGUGGUGGACCUGGGAGGUAGAGGACAUCUUUCAAAAAGUGAAGAAAGGAGAGAAGCACGCUCUGAGGAACUACGCUGACAAAAUGCACCAGCAGAUUGAUGAGCUGGUAACACGCAUCACUCAACCUUUGAAGAAAAAUGACAGACGAAAGAUCAACACUGUGCUUAUCAUCGAUGUCCAUGCAAGAGACAUUGUGGACAGCUUUGUACGAAACAGCAUAAUGGAUGCACAAGAAUUUGAGUGGGAAAGCCAACUAAGAUUCUACUGGAUCCGUAAACAUGACAACCUAUUUGUGCACCAGUGCAGUGCUUCGUUCUCUUAUGGCUAUGAAUACAUGGGGCUGAACGGUCGAUUGGUUAUAACCCCACUGACAGACCGGAUCUACCUCACUCUCACGCAGGCCCUCUCCAUGUACUUGGGUGGAGCUCCUGCUGGGCCGGCUGGCACAGGAAAGACAGAAUCCACCAAAGAUCUGGCUAAAGCUUUAGGCCUGCUCUGUGUGGUUACAAACUGUGGUGAGGGAAUGGACUACAUGGCUGUGGGUAAGAUCUUCUCUGGCCUCGCCCAGUGUGGAGCUUGGGGCUGCUUUGAUGAGUUCAAUCGCAUUGAUGCCUCAGUAUUGUCAGUCAUCUCCUCCCAAAUCCAGACCAUCCGCAACGCUCUCAUUCUGCACCUUAAAAGGUUUCUUUUUGAAGGGCAAGAGAUCAGCCUGGACGACCGCAUGGGGAUUUUCAUCACCAUGAACCCUGGUUAUGCAGGACGUACAGAGCUGCCAGAAUCAGUCAAAGCCCUCUUCAGGCCUGUGGUGGUCAUUGUACCUGAUCUGCAGCAGAUCUGUGAGAUUAUGCUCUUCUCUGAGGGCUUCCUAAUGGCAAAGGUGCUAGCAAAGAAGAUGACGGUACUUUAUAAGCUGGCUCGAGAGCAGCUGUCCAAGCAGUCUCACUAUGACUUUGGCCUACGAGCUUUGAAGUCUGUCCUCGUGAUGGCAGGAGAGUUGAAGAGAGGCUCACCAGACCUCAGUGAGGAUGUGGUGUUGAUGCGUGCUCUCAGGGACAUGAACCUGCCAAAGUUUGUGUUUGAAGAUGUCCCCCUGUUCCUUGGACUGAUCUCAGAUCUGUUCCCUGGCCUGGACUGCCCUCGCGUUCGCUAUCCUAACUUCAACGAUGCUGUGGAACAGAUCCUCCAGGACAACAAAUAUGUCAUGCUGCCUAACCAGGUGGAUAAAGUGGUACAGAUGUAUGAGACGAUGAUGACCAGGCACACGACUAUGGUUGUGGGACCAACGGGUGGAGGGAAAUCAGUUGUGAUCAGCACAUUAUGCCAAGCUCAGACCAAAUUGGGAUUGCAAACCAAACUUUAUCCCCUGAACCCUAAAGCCAUGAGUGUCAUUGAACUUUACGGUGUUCUGGACCCUGACACUCGAGACUGGACUGAUGGGAUCUUAUCCAACAUCUUCCGUGACAUCAACAAACCUACUGAGAAAAAGGAACGGCGGUACAUCCUGUUUGACGGGGAUGUGGAUGCUCUGUGGGUUGAGAACAUGAACUCAGUGAUGGAUGACAACAAGCUCCUCACUCUCGCUAAUGGAGAACGGAUCCGUUUACAGGGCCACUGUGCCCUGCUGUUUGAGGUUGGAGAUCUGCAAUAUGCUUCCCCUGCUACUGUUUCCCGCUGUGGGAUGGUUUUUGUUGACCCUAAAAACCUGCGAUAUACCCCAUUCUGGCAGAGAUGGGUGAACAACAGACCGGUCAAGGAACAAAAAGUACUAAACAAACUGUUUGAGAAAUACGUGCACAGCUCCAUUGACAUGAUUGUGGAUGGUAUUGUUGAUGGAAAACAAGGUCAGAAACUGAAGACUGUUGUCCCUCAGACAGAUCUCAAUAUGGUGACUCAGUUGUGCUUGACAUUGGACGCGCUGCUUGAGAGUGAGAGCAGCAGUGCUGAAGUCCUGGAAUGUUACUUUCUGGAAGCUCUGUACUGCUCACUGGGGGCCACACUACUGGAGAGCAGCAGGGUCAAGUUUGAUGAGUUCAUCAAAAAGCUUUCCUGCUUAACUACAGUGCAUGAUGAGAAAGCCCUGGCUGGACCUGGAGAGAUCCCAGGAUACCUGCCAUCUCUGUAUGAGUUCCAUUUUGAUGGAGCACAGGAGAAGUGGAUACCCUGGAGCUCCCUGGUGGCCAAAUACAUUCACAACCCUGAAAUGAAGUUUGCUGAUAUCCUCGUGCCAACUAUUGACACGACGAGAGCCGGCUGGAUCCUGGAACAGAUGGUGAAGAUAAAGAGGCCAGUGCUAUUGGUAGGAGAGUCUGGCACUUCCAAGACUGCCACUAUUCAUAACUUCCUGAAGAAUGUGAAUGCAGAUACAAAGAAUACUCUGAUCAUCAACUUCUCAUCCAGAACGACUUCAAUGGACUUGCAGAGAAACCUGGAGGCCAAUGUGGAGAAAAGGACCAAAGAGAUCUACGGCCCUCCUAUGGGGAAGAGACUGCUGGUCUUUAUGGAUGACAUGAAUAUGCCAAAGGUGGAUAGUUAUGGCACACAGCAGCCUAUUGCACUUCUGAAGCUGCUGUUGGACCGAGGAGGCAUAUAUGACAGAGGAAAAGAGCUUAACUACAAAAUCCUGAAGGACCUUGGCUUUAUUGCUGCCAUGGGAAAGGCAGGAGGUGGGAGGAAUGAGGUGGAUCCUCGCUUUGUCUCCCUCUUCAGUGUCUUCGGCAUUCCCUUCCCCACAGUGGAGUCCCUCCACCUGAUCUAUGCUUCCAUUAUCAAAGGCCAUACCAGGCAAUUUGAGGAUGUCAUCCAGAAGGUUUGUGAUAAAGUCACCUUCUGCACACUGGAACUCUACAACACCAUCAUCAAAGAUCUGCCACCGACUCCCUCCAAGUUCCACUACAUCUUUAAUCUGAGGGACUUGUCCAGAGUCUACAAUGGACUGACCCUCACCAAACCUGACAGGUUUUCCACCGUAGCCCGAUUUGUGCGUGUUUGGAGGAACGAGUGCCUGAGAAUCUUCCAUGACAGACUCAUUGAUCAAACUGACAAAACUUUGGUUCAAGGCCACAUAAAGAACCUGAUUGAGGAGCAUUUCAAGUCAGAAACAGAGGCAGUCAUGAGAGACCCAAUUCUGUUUGGAGACUACAGAACAGCCCUCAGUGACACUGAACCAAGGGUCUAUGAUGACAUACAAGACUACGAUGUUUCAAAAGACCUGUUUCAGAUGAUUCUAGAGGAAUACAAUGAGAACAAGUCGACGAUGAAUCUCGUACUGUUUGAUGAUGCUCUGGAACAUCUGACUCGAGUUCACCGCAUUAUUCGCAUUGAUCGUGGGCACGCACUGCUUGUCGGUGUCGGGGGCUCUGGCAAGCAGUCCCUCACUAAACUUGCUGCCUUCGCUGCUGGCUGUGAGGUGUUUGAGAUAGCACUGAGCAGAGGAUACAGUGAGUCAAACUUCCGCGAAGACCUGAAAACACUGUACUUGAAGCUCGGCAUUGAAAAAAAGAAGACAGUAUUCCUCUUUACUGAUGCUCAUGUUGCUGAGGAAGGCUUCUUGGAACUCAUUAACAACAUGCUCACCUCAGGCAUUGUUCCUGCGUUGUUCCCUGAUGAUGAGAAGGAAUCAGUUCUCAACCAACUUCGCGAUGAGGCUCUUAAAAUGGGAGCAGGACCUUCUAAAGAGAGCAUAUGGCAGUACUUUGUCAACAAGAGUGCCAACAACCUACAUAUUGUUUUAGGUAUGUCUCCAGUGGGAGACACCCUGAGGACACGCUGCAGGAACUUCCCAGGCCUGAUGAACAACACUGUGAUAGAUUGGUUCCUGCCGUGGCCUCCACAGGCGUUACUUGCAGUGGCUCAGUCCUUCCUUGGUGAGAAUCCAAUGAUUCCUGAGGCACACUCUGCAGCAGUUGUAGAUCAUGUAUGCAUGGUCCAUAGCUCCGUGGGUGACUACAGCAAACUAUUCCAGCAAAAACUCAGACGUUGCAACUUUGUUACUCCAAAGAACUACUUAGACUUUAUUAGCACCUAUUCUAACCUCUUGAAAGAAAAGAAUGACUACAUCCUGGCUCAGUGCAAACGUCUAGAGGGAGGUUUAGAUAAACUGAAGGAAGCCAGUGAACAGCUGGCUGAACUGAAUGUCAAACUUGCUGAUCAGAAGGUGGUCCUCGCUGAAAAGUCCACAGCUUGUGAAACCCUGCUGAAUGAGAUUGUCACAAACACAAGCGCAGCUGAGGAGAAAAAGACUCUGGCAGAAGAUAAAGCCAAAGAGAUUGAGGAGCAGAACAAAGUCAUUGCUGUUGAGAAGAGAGAAGCUGAAAGUUCUCUGGCUGAAGCUCUGCCAGCAUUAGAAGCAGCACGCAGUGCCCUGCAAGAUCUGGAAAAAUCUGAUGUCACGGAGAUCCGCUCUUUUGCCAAACCACCCAAACAAGUACAGGUAGUUUGCGAGUGCAUCCUGGUGCUGCGCAACUACAAAGAAAUCAAUUGGCAGUCAGCCAAGGGGAUGAUGUCAGAGGCUAACUUCCUGCGCUCACUGAUGGAGAUGGACUGUGAUUCCAUACAAAACAACCAGGUCAGGACUGUAAAAGGCUUUCUAAAGAACCUCCAGACAAGCUUUGAGGAGAUGCAAGCCAUCAGUAAGGCUGGAUCAGGAAUGUUCAAGUUUGUCGAGGCAAUCAUGGGUUACUGUGAUGUUGCCAGGGAGAUAAAACCCAAGAGAGAGAAGGUGGCACGCCUAGAGAAGAACUUCUUUCAGAGUAAGCAGGAGUUGGAGAGCAUUCAAAGUGAGCUUAGCGGCAUCCAGAAAGAGUUGCAGGCUCUUGGAGAGAAGUACCAAGCUGCUAUUGAGGAGAAACAGCUGCUACAGGAGGAGGCUGAGGUCAUGGAGAGGAGGCUGAUAGCUGCUGACAAACUUAUCUCUGGCCUGAGCUCUGAAAAUGAACGGUGGACAAACGAUUUAGAUGAGCUGAAGCAACGGCGCGUGCGUCUCCUGGGUGACUGCCUGCUUUGUGCUGCUUUUCUGAGCUAUGAAGGGGCCUUCAGCUGGGACUUCAGGAAUGAAAUGGUGUACCAAACUUGGGUUCAGGAUGUCCAGGAGAGAGGCAUCCCCUUGAGCCAGCCUUUCAAAUUGGAGAACCUUCUUACUGAUGAGGUAGAAAUAAGCAGAUGGGGCUCAGAGGGUUUGCCUCCAGAUGAACUGUCUGUGCAGAAUGGAAUCCUCACAACGAGAGGGAGCCGCUUUCCCAUGUGUAUUGAUCCUCAACAACAAGCACUCAAUUGGAUUAAGAAAAAGGAAGAAAAUAACAACCUCAAGGUCUCAUCUUUCAACGAUCCAGACUUCCUGAAAUGCCUAGAGAUGGCCAUCAAGUAUGGCUUCCCAUUCCUUUUCCAAGAUGUGGAUGAGUACAUCGACCCAGUGAUUGACAAUGUCCUGGAGAAGAAUGUAAAAGGAGCAGAGGGCAGACAGGUCGUCACGCUGGGGGACAAGGAGGUGGACUAUGAUCCCAACUUUAAACUGUACCUCAACACCAAACUGGCUAACCCUAAAUAUACUCCAUCGGUGUUUGGAAAAGCCAUGGUCAUUAACUAUACUGUGACCCUUAAGGGUCUGGAGGACCAGCUGCUGAGUGUUCUCAUGGGCUUUGAGAAGAAGGAGCUGGAAGAGCAGCGUGAACGCUUGAUCCAAGAGACAAGCAGCAAUAAGAAGCUGCUGAAAAACCUCGGAGACUCCUUGCUCAGAGAGCUGGCCACAUCUACAGGAAACAUGUUGGAUAACACAGAGCUCAUUAACACAUUGGAGGAAACAAAGUCAAAAGCCAGUGAGGUAUUUGAGAAACUACAGUUGGCUGAGAAGACAGCGAUGGACAUUGAUAAACUCAGAGAUGGGUACCGACCUGCAGCCAAACGUGGUGCUAUCCUGUUUUUUGCGCUCACAGAAAUGGCUCUGGUGAACAGCAUGUAUCAGUACUCACUGGCCUCAUACCUGGAAGUGUUUGACUUUUCACUGCAAAAAUCUCAACCGGAAAUUGUCCUUCACAAAAGACUCGACAACAUCAUAAACACUCUGACAUACAGUGUUUAUAACUAUGGCUGCACAGGGCUGUUUGAGAGGCACAAGUUGCUCUUUUCCUUUAACAUGACCAUCAAGAUUGAGCAGGCAGAAGAGAGGGUACCUCAGGACGAGCUGGAGUUCUUUAUCAAGGGUAAUCUUUCCCUGGAAAAAAGCCAACGCAAAAAGCCUUGUGACUGGCUUCAGGAUCAGGGCUGGGAGGACAUAGUGAAACUCGCAGAGCUCUUUCCUGACCCAUUUGGCUCUCUGCCUGAUGACAUUGAGAAAAAUUCCACUGACUGGAAAUCUUGGUAUGACCUGGAUGGACCAGAAGAAGCUCCAUUUCCCAUGAAAUAUAAGGACAACCUGUCCGACUUCCAGAAGCUGCUGUUACUGCGCUGCUUUCGUGUUGAUCGAGUCUACAGAGCCGUGACGGACUAUGUCUCUGCUACCAUGGGAGAGAAAUAUGUCCAGCCUCCUGUGAUCAGCUUUGAUUCAAUUCAUGAGCAGAGCACACCUUUCUCCCCCAUUGUCUUCAUCCUGAGCCCGGGCUCCGACCCAGCGAGUGAUCUCAUGAAACUAGCAGAAAGAUCCGGCUUUGGAGGCAGCAAGUUCAAGUUCCUUGCGAUGGGCCAAGGCCAAGAGAAGGUGGCGCUAGAUUUGCUUGAGAAGGCGGUGUCGUGGGGUCAGUGGUUGUUGCUACAGAACUGCCACUUGCUGGUGAAGUGGCUAAAGGAGCUGGAGAAGGCCUUAGAAAGAAUCACCAAGCCCAACCCCAACUUCCGCUUGUGGGUCACCACCAACCCCAUCAAAGAUUUCCCCAUUGGCAUCCUGCAAAAGUCCCUAAAGGUAGUGACAGAGCCUCCCAACGGUCUCAAGCUGAACAUGAGAGCCACAUACUCCAAAAUCUCCAAUGAGUCCUUGACAGCUUGUCCACACCCUGAAUUCCGCAGCCUGGUCUUUGUCCUGGCCUUCUUCCACGCCGUGGUCCAAGAGAGACGCAAGUACGGAAAGAUGGGCUGGAAUGUCCCGUACGAUUUCAGCGAGUCUGACUUCUUUGUGUGUAUGGAGAUUCUGAACACCUACCUGACAAAAGCUCAUGACCAAGGAGACAGCAACAUACCCUGGGGAAGUCUUAAAUACCUGAUUGGGGAGGUGAUGUAUGGUGGGCGAGCUAUAGACAGCUUUGACCGCAGGAUCCUGACUGUCUACAUGGAUGAGUACCUCGGAGACUUCCUCUUCUACACCUUUCGUCAGUUCCACUUCUUCAGCAACAAAGACGUUGAUUAUAAGAUCCCUCCAACUGGGCCAAAGACAGUAUAUGUUGAUGAGAUUGAGAGCAUGCCUCUGGCGAACACACCAGAGGUAAUGGGUCUUCAUUCCAAUACAGAGAUAAAAUACUACACACAAGCAGUUAAAGAGAUGUGGACUCACCUAAUAGACCUCCAGCCUCAGACAGGUGAAUCUGGUGGAAGCAUCAGCAGGGAUGAAUACAUCAGCCAGGUGGCCCAGGACAUUCAAAACAAGCUGCCCAAGUUAUUCGACAUGGACGUGAUCCGUAAAAAGUUUGGCGCUGACAUUUCUCCAACCUCGGUGGUUCUGCUUCAAGAACUGGAGCGCUUCAACAAGCUGGUGGUCCGCAUGCAGCACUCCCUGGCUGAGCUGCAGAGGGCCUUGGCUGGUGAGGUGGGCAUGAGCAGUGAGUUGGAUGAGGUGGCUCGGGCCCUUUUUAAUGGUCACAUUCCUGCCAUUUGGAAGAAGUUGGCACCUGAUACUCUCAAGUCCCUCGGCAACUGGAUGAGCCAUUUCAAGAGGCGUUAUGAACAGUACAGCUAUUGGGUGGAUGAGGGGGAGCCAAAAGUCAUGUGGUUAUCAGGACUCCAUAUCCCAGAGUCUUACUUGACUGCUCUGGUCCAAGCUGCAUGCAGGAAAAAUGGUUGGCCUCUGGAUCUUUCCACGCUGUACACUGAAGUGACGCAGUACCGCAGUGAGGAGGAAGUCAGUGACAGACCCAGACAGGGUUGUUUUGUGUCUGGCCUGUAUCUGGAGGGAGCAGACUGGGACAUGGAGAAGGGCUGCUUAGUGAGGAGUAAACCAAAAGCUCUGGUUGUCGAACUGCCCAUCCUCAAAGUCAUCCCCAUAGAGGCACGGUGCCUCAGCUUACAGAAUACGCUGCGGACCCCCGUGUACACCACGUCCUUGCGGAGGAAUGCAAUGGGUGUGGGGUUGGUGUUUGAGGCCGACCUGUUCACCACCAUGCACAUCUCCCACUGGGUGCUCCAGGGAGUCUGUUUGUGCCUCAACACCGACUGAAGACGACCCUCAGCCUCACUGAGCUUCACACAGUUUGUUCAGAAAUGUUCAUUAAUAACAGUGAUGCCUGAUGUUUGCAUGUUUAGAAAAAAUCUCAUUAGCAGUUUGCAUUAAAUAAAACACUUGCUUUAAUAUAAUUUGCGUGUCAUAUAUAUUUCUUUAAUAUAUUCAGAGAGAGUCAUGGAAUUGUUUUGGCCAAUGAUGUUCUUUGCUUUCAUCAUUCUGUCAGUAGAUGGCAGCACA